GCGCGCAGGAGCGCGCGGCCGAGCUCGCCCCAAAGCCGGGGCUGCUGCGGGGUGGUUCGGCUCUCCACAGCCCUCCCCCCGGAGCCUCUGGUCCCCCCCAUCCCAGAACCGUCAUGGAGCUCUUGGUCCUGCUGCUUUGCAACCUCCUGGUGUGGAGGGUGGGUGAGACGAGGUCGGAUGCUCCAGAAAACUUGUCCCCGCUCGCACCAGGAGCUCUCAGCAUGAAGGAGACCUUCCUGGUGCUCUCGCUGCACAACAAGCUGAGGAGCAAAGUGCAGCCCCCCGCUGCCAACAUGCAGAAGCUGGAGUGGAGCGAGGAGCUGGGGCAGCUGGCAGGGGCACGGGCAGCCAGCUGCCUGGAGGGCCCCACUCCCCCACUAGCCCCACAGCUGGGCUGGAACGAGGCCCUGCUGCCGGUGGGCACGGGGGGCUUCGUAUCCGUGCUGGAGCAUUGGUUCGCCGAGGGACGUGGCUACAACUACGGGACGGGGCACUGCGCCAGCAAUGCCACCUGCCACCAUUACACCCAGCUGGUGUGGGCCACGGCGGGGCGGCUGGGCUGCGGCCGGCACCGCUGCCCCGGCCCCCACGGCCCCAGCGAGGCCUUCACCUGCGCCUACAACCCGGGGGGCAACUGGGAGGUGGCCGGGAUGCCCGUCCUGCCCUACAAGCAGGGCCCCUGGUGCUCUCUCUGCACCGCCGGCCUCUCUGGCUGCUUCAAGUCCUGGGAUCACGGCGGCGGGCUCUGUGAGGUGCCCAGGAACCCCUGUCGCAUGAGCUGCAGGAACAGCGGGCGCCUCGACAUGAGCAGCUGCCAGUGUGACUGUCCCCCCGGCUACACAGGAAGGUACUGCCAAGUGAGGUGCAGCGGGCAGUGCCUCCACGGAAGGUUCAGGAAGGAGGAGUGCUCCUGCCUCUGCGACGCGGGCUACGGCGGAGCUGAGUGCGGCACGAAGAUCCAGUUCCCUUUCCACGCUUGCGACGUGCGGAUAGACAGCGACUGCUUCAUGGUGUCCCCCGAGGCCGACACCUACUAUGGAGCCAAAAUUAAGUGCCAGGAGAAAGGGGCGAUGCUGGCCCAGAUCAGAACCCAGAAGGUCCAGGACAUCCUGGCUUUCUACCUCAGCCGCUUGGAGAUGGGUAACAGGGUGACAGACACUGAUUUUGAGACUGGGAACUUCUGGAUCGGUCUCACCUACAAGACAUCCAAGGCUUCCUUCCGCUGGGACGUGGGCGAGCCGUCCUCUUUCACCAGCUUUGCUUUUGGGCAGCCGGACAACCAGGGGUUUGGGAACUGUGUGGAGAUGCAGGCGUCGGCCGCCUUCAACUGGAACGACCAGCGCUGCAAGACCCGAAACCGGUACAUCUGCCAGUUCGCCCAGGAACACAUCGCCCUGUGGCAGCGGGACCCCUGAGCCAGCAGCCCUGGGAACUGGCCAGCGCUGGCUGCUGUGCCAAGCCUGUGGCUCAGGAAGACCCUGAUGCUGUGCCAAGCCCGGACCAUGGCUCAGAAGGAUCCCCCCGUGGCUCACCUGCACAGGGGAUGGGGGAUUGAGGGGCCCCAUGGCACUGGGACCUGGUGAGAAGGGGUGUGCUUUAUGUCAGCAUCCCCAAAACAGCGUCUUCUUCUGCCCCUCACCUUCCUCUCUCACCAUCACACUGUGACACCUCCUGGGCAGGAGAUGCCCCUGCAACAGCUGGUACAGCAGCAUCCUUCUCUGAAAUUGGCAGCUGGGCCGUGUCUGGACUGUGGUCUUGAAGUGACAAGGGGCCAAGGGGGGCUCCUGGGAGGUGCAGAUCUCGGCACAGCUGAGGGUGAGGACCAGGCUCAACUCUGAGCCAUAGUCCCGACCUGUGUGGGAACCUCCCAGCCUGCUGGGUUCCUCAUGAUCACCUGACUCUUUGUCAUCACCCAGUUCCUCACCACCACCAUCUGCCCA